CUGGGCAUCCCUGGCAGCGCUGCCCAAACACUCCUGGAGCUCUGGCAGCCUCAGGGCCGUGCCCAUUCCUUGGGACAGUGCUUAGGGGGAAGAACCUUUCCCUGAUAUCUGACCUAGCCCUCCCCUGGCCCAGCUCCAGCUGUUCCCUGGAUCCUGUCCCUGUCCCAGGGAGCAGAGAUCAGAGCUGGCCCUCAGGCAGCCCCAGUGAGUUCUGACCUCAGCAUAAGGCAGUGGGACAGAAGAGAUGGAUGUGCCACAGCCUUUUUGUCAUCAGAAAAGAGACAACAAGGACAAUGGCAAUAAACACUGCGUAUGGGGAGCAAAGGCUUGUCCCAUGACCUCAGCGGCAAUUGGGCAGCAGAGCAAUAAACACGCUCUGUGCUCGUGAGGCUCAGCCCGGCCAUGGCCGGAGGCUGAUGGUGAGCUCAGGCCCUUGGCGUUUCCUUCCUCCAUGCCACAACAGUCGCUCAGUCGCUUCCUGCCAGUCCCACGCUGCACUCCAGCCUUCCUUCCAUUCCCUGCUGUGCUGUCAGCGCUCCCGGAGCAGGGAGCUCUCGGGAGCGGUGUCCCGGGGCAGCGCAGGGGACAGCGGGGCGGCCGAGGCGCUCCAGCCACAGCCGGCAAACGCCACUGGCCCACCCGGGCACGGAGUCACGGCGCGGGGUACAGCGGCACCGGCGGCAUGGAGCCCGCACGCACCAUGGCAGAGCUCAUCAGCACCUCCGCCGACGCCUACCUGUCGGGGGGCAGCAUGGCACGGCGCCCGCGCAGCAGCCGCGCCUGGCACUUUGUCCUGAGCGGGGUGCGGCGCGAGGCCGACGGCUGGGCCGGCGCGCGGGGCUGGGGCUACGACUCCGACGGGCAGCACAGCGACUCAGAUUCGGAGCCCGAGUUUUCCUCCGUGUCUCCCUCCAUCCCGAGCGCCAUCCCUGUGACUGGAGAGUCCUACUGCAACUGUGAGAACCAGAGUGAAGCUCCCUACUGCUCCAGCCUGCACGCGCUGCACCGCGUCCGCGACUGCCGCUGCGGCGAGGAGGACGAGUAUUUUGACUGGGUGUGGGAUGACCUGAACAAGUCCACGGCCACGCUGCUGACGUGUGACAACCGCAAGGUGAACUUCCACAUGGAGUACAGCUGCGGCACGGCCGCCAUCCGCGGCAACAAGGAGCUGGCGGACGGGCAGCACUUCUGGGAGAUCAAAAUGACCUCCCCAGUGUAUGGCACUGACAUGAUGGUGGGGAUCGGGACGUCGGAUGUGAACCUGGACAAGUACCGCCACACCUUCUGCAGCCUGCUGGGCAAGGACGAGGACAGCUGGGGACUCUCCUACACAGGACUGCUGCAUCACAAGGGCGACAAAACAAACUUCUCCUCGAGGUUUGGCCAAGGCUCCAUUAUUGGGGUGCAUCUGGACACGUGGCACGGGACACUCACCUUCUUCAAGAACCGCAAGUGCAUAGGGGUGGCAGCCACAAAGCUGCAGAACAAGAAGUUUUACCCCAUGGUGUGCUCCACGGCAGCCAAGAGCAGCAUGAAGGUGAUCCGGUCGUGCGCCAGCCGCACGUCCCUGCAGUACCUGUGCUGCUUCCGCCUGCGCCAGCUCCUGCCCCACUAUGUGGACACGCUGGAGGUGCUGCCCCUGCCCCCAGGACUCAAGCAGGUGCUGCACAACAAACUGGGCUGGGUGUUGAGCAUGAACUAUAGCACGUCAAAGCCUUCCUCCUCCUCGGGGAGCGACUCGGACAGCUCGUGCGGCUCGGAUGCGGAGGCCUGCCAAAGGAAGAGGUGCAGGAGGACAUAAUGGCUCUGCACGCCACGUGGCUGGGGUUUGUUGUGUUGGCAGUCAAGCCUGAAGCACCUCUUCCUUCUGGGAACAUCCAUUUCUACGUGUUGGCAAAGAUUUCUCCAGUGCUGUGGAAAUCUUUGGCCUCGAUAUCCAUCACAGGCAUUUAGAAGAGUUGCUGGCUCCAAGAGAAGCCAGUUCUGACACAAGAAAUUUGUGUUGAAAUAUCUGAGCUUCAUCUCCUGACUUGCUAUGGAAGCACCUCUUCCUGAAGGAAGCACCUCUUCCUGAGAGAUAUCUCUUCUCCCUGUUGACAGAGACAACAUUUAAGGAAUUUGACUUGAUGACAGGAGUUGGAUUUGAUAAUCUUCAUGGCUCUAUUCCAACUCAGGAUGUUUUGUGAUUAAGGCAGCCUCUUGUUUGGAGUGUACAGGAUUCCAGUCAGGUAGCAGACCUGACUCACUGAGACACAAUCCCAGGCCAGUCCUCUCCUCUCUGUGUGUGUAGUUUUGGUGUCUGCCAUGACCUCGUCCCGCUCUGGGGCACGACGGAGCAGCAGCUGCAGGGAAGGGCCCCAGAGGCGCUGCUGGGAGCAGGGGCAGGAGCUGAGCUGUGGGUGGUCUUCCUCCCGCCCCUGGGGACUUCUAAUUGCUUUGCAUGUUGGUUCCUGCUGCUUCUCCUCUGUCCAAGACUGUGUUAAACUGUAAUAAUAAAAGUAGAAGCUGUCUGU